AUGUUUGAUACGUGUAAACCGGUUAUCAAGUUCCAAACUGCUCUUGGAGGAGUUCAGUGUAUUUUGUUUGCUGCAUCGCUGGGUUCCAUUCUUGGCACUCUACAAAAGUAUCAUGAUAGUGAUAGACUUAACUUCAACUGCGAUCCCAAACCUAGUGAUUUUAUCAGACAACGUUGCUAUAACAGCUACAUUUCCACAGUUACCAAGCCUCAUGGAUUAAUACCUCGGAAUGUUGUUGCCAUAACACUCGGUGUUUUGUGUGCAUGCUGGAUCAGCUUUGCAAUUUAUGGUGCUGUGACCUUUCGAAAAAGACCAGGAGACAGAAAAGACACAAAAACAUUUCUUUGCACCUACCUCAUCCAUGUAUUCUUUCGAAUAUUGUUCCUGGGUGUUAUGGUAGGGCUGGUCUGCAGUUACCAGACAAUUUCUUUACCUUCCGUUUUUGAGUGUGAUGUUAAUCAGAUCUUGCAGACCAACAGUCAAACCACGCCAAGUCCACUCAACCAGACAAAACUAACAUUGCAAUGUAAUGAUCUUCAUCACAAGGAGAAAUCGAACCUAAAUAUAGCUUUUAUCUCUGUUGGUGCCUUUUUCAUGGUGUUUAGUGUAUGGGAAGUCCUACACUUGUGCCGUAACAGGAAAAACUAUCUGGAAAAGUUGGUUGGAGACCCUGAAGACAUUGAGUUACUGCAAGGUUUACCUGAGAAACCAACCAUCACAAAUACAGAAACAGAAGUUGACGAGGACUUCAUUAUUACCUGGUCAGAAGCUGAGGCCAACAGCAGUAAUUGCAGCGUUAAAUACCGUCUGGAAUGGAGGAAACAGCCCAUGAAAGAAUCUACAGACAUGAUUCAACGAGCAAAUACUGAGGGAAAUCACUUCACGAUAAGUGGUCUUGAGUAUGACGCAGAGUAUGAAGUGAAACUGUUUGCUGUCAAAGAACAAGGAGACAGUGAGCCAGAUGUUAGAACAUUUAAGACAAAGAGUGGUAUGUACCUUUAA